AUGAUGGAUCGUUUCUUGCCAAUUGAACUUGCUGGGAGUCUACAACCGCUUUUGAUAGUUGACGAGAGAUUAUUUCUAGUUCAAGAUAACGCUGGAUUAUUCGAUGGAACCGAUAAGAAUGCAAAAUAUGGAAAUGGUAAAAUAUAUUUGACUUCUCAUCGAAUAAUCUACGUGGACUCUAAACAACCAAACAAUAAUUCAGUCGCGCUCGAUCUAAAACAUAUCAAAGGACUUGAAUAUAUGACUGGGUUAUUAAGAUCGUCACGUAAAAUCAUCCUUCACUUUUCACUCUCAAACCAUAACAACACCCAAUCCUCAUUCUCACAAGUGACAACGUGGAUCUGUCCAGCAUGUGCUUUCGGAAACACAGCAAGUCUUGCACGAUGUCAAUUAUGCGGCGAGAAUCAACCAGAAUCACCGACACAAUCUCCAUCAUUAAAAAAUUCUUUCUCACAAGAUUCUUCGAUCGAGAGACCAUGUCACGCGUGUACCUACAUGAAUAAAGUCACUUUGCCUAAGUGUGAAAUGUGUGGUGCCGGAUUAACACAGUCCUUUUUGGACGACGCCGAGAAUAACGGUCUGAGUGGAAUGAGAUUGAGCGAAGAAGUUAUGCGUGGAUCGAGAACAGGAGAAUACGUGAGGCUCAUGUUUAAGAAGGGCGGAAGUAGUGCAUUUUAUGAGAAAUUGCGGGCUGCAAUGGCAAUGAAAGUUUGGGAGAAACGCGCAAACCGCUUUUAA